AUGUCGAAGCGUGGAGCCAAAUUGACGGCCUGGCAUGGGCUUCAAAACUGCCGGGUGCCUGUUGCGGUUACAUGUCUAGUUGGGAUACUUGUAUUGUCAAUAUUAUUCUUUUGCAACAAUGAGAAAAGCCCUGAUUCUUCUUUUGGAUAUCCUAUGAAAAAGUGGAAUGCUUUUGAGUCAGUGCAAUUUCACCCAACAAUAGAGUUGAGGAAUGGAACAGAUGUGAUAUGGCAAAUUCCGAGUUCACCGAAAGCAAUUCUCUUUGUGGCUCACGGAUGCAAUGGCAGAGCUGUUAACUUUUGGGACAGGUCUCCAAGCUGCCCUACUUGCGUUGGUUUGCCUGAGGAAAGGUUACUUGUUCUUCAUGCUCUUGCUCGUAAAUUUGCUGUGAUCACAAUUUCAAGCGCAGGGAGGUGCUGGACAUUUGGGAAGGAAAAGUUAAUCGUUAAAGAUAUAAUACAAUGGUGGACACAGACUCAUAAUCAUGAAUCACUUCCUCUUGUAGCAUUGGGGGCCUCUUCUGGUGGAUACUUCGUCUCUGCACUUGCCACCAGUUUGAGGUUUAGUAGCAUAACACUUAUGAUUGCUGAAGGAAUGUUUGAUCAAAUGGGUAUCACAGAGAAUUAUCCACCCACGCUUUUUGUGCACAUGCCUAAAGAUUCAUAUAGGCAGCAAAAGAUAAGUGAGUUUACAGGAGUUCUGAAGAACAAGGGCAUUGAUGUAGCGGAAGUUGAAUGCAUGGAGUUCCCUUUGUCACGAAGUUUCUUAGCUGAUAGAAUCCCAGGAGUGGAUGAAACUGUUUCGGCUAAGUUGUUUGAGCUAUUUCAGGCCAAAGGUUUUGUUGAUGGGAGCGGAUAUAUGAAGCAAGAUGGGCGUGCCACACAAUGGAAAGAAGCUCUCCGCCAAAGUAAGAACCUUCUGCUGGAUAAGAGUUUGAUCCAACAUGUGCAGGAGGAACUAAAUCUUGCAUUUGCUUACCAUGAAAUGACUAGCCUGCAGUCUGAGCAAAUAUUUAAAUGGUUUGAAUCGCAUUUGAACUAA